AUCUGAACCUCAAAUCAUAUCUCAUAUAGUCUCAUCUGAAGCUGAUUUUAAUACAGGAACAGAAAUGUCUGCUGGAACUGCGUCACUCUGCUACAAUCUCCUGUUUUUCAGCGUCUUUGUGUUUGUCUCAGCAGACCAGAAAACCAUCACAGCUGAGUCUGGACAGGACGUCACUCUGACAUGUCGAGCUCCAAACAACAACAUCACAGCUGUACAUUGGAGCAGAGCUGACCUGAAAGACAAAUAUGUACUUUUGUACCAGGAUAAGCAGUUUGUUCCAGAUGACCAGCAUCCAUCUUUUAAGAACCGGGUGGAUCUGCAGGACAGACAGAUGAAGGAUGGAGACGUGUCUUUGAUUCUGAAGGAUGUGACGACUAAUGAUACUGGAACAUACGGGUGUCAUGUCCUUGUGAAUGUAACAGACUCAUGGAAACUCGUCAGCAUCAUCAACCUGAGGGUUUCCCCAGGUCAGACAGGAGGACAAGAGAAGGAAAGAGGGAAGAUGGAAGAAGUGAAAAAGGAAGAUGGGAAGAAGGAAGAAGGGAAGAAAGAAGAAGGGAAGAAGGAAGAAGGGAAGAAGGAAGAAGGGAAGAAAGAAGAAGGGAAGAAGCAUGAAGUGAAAAAGGAAGAAGGGAAGAAGGAAGAAGGGAAGAAAGAAGAAGGGAAAAAGGAAGAAGGGAAGAAGGAAGGAGGGAAGAAGCAUGAAGUCAGACAGGAGGACAAGAGAAGGAUGGAGAGAAGAAGGAAGAAGUGA